UUAAAAAGUAGUUCAGCAUAACCUUACAAGUUUGUUUUUCUUUUUAAAUGAAUAAAAACUGAAUAAAUCAGUUUUAUUCUCUGAUACAGUGUGAUAAUAAAAUAAAUAAAAUGGGUAAAAGUUUACAAGCUCCCUUUUUGAAUGUUAACCAACGUAUAAUAAAAAGAGUUAAAAAAUAUGACAAAAAAGACACCUGCAAAAGAAAAUCUUCUAUUGAUAUAGGAGAACCUUUACAUAAAAUUCAGAAAUUGCAUAAGGCAGAUAAAAAACAGGGGUACUUCAAUGCACAUAAAGAAGUUUGCAACGAAACUGUGUAUACAGACACGUUAUUAGAUACAAAUCAUGUAGUAUUAAAAACAAAAGAGCAGAUGUCCUAUGAUUUAUUUUUGGGAGAUGAACUUAAGCAUAAUUAUUCAGCUUUUACUUUUAAAGAUUUUUAUUUCCACAUACUUGACGAAAUUGCAUUGGAAGGGUUGGAUGGAAUUACAGUAGAAGCAUUUUGGAAAAGAUUGGGUAUAGCUUUGGAUGGUCCUUGUUGUAUUGAUAAGAAUAUCGAAAACUUUAUAUGGCAGCAAAUUAUUCAAAAAACAAACUCUCUGCAGUUUUUUGAGCUGCCAGAAGCAAGAAAUGAAUUGGAGAUAUACAAUCCAUUUGAUUUUAUGCAUGCAGAUAUUGGUGUAGUAAUGGAAGUGGCCUACGAAUUACCCGAUAUUUAUCCAGUAGCACCAGUAAAUUCACCAUCAACAUUAGGUUCUUGUUCUACAUUUAAUGAGAGAGAAAAUAUCAGUGAAGAUAUUAAGGAUUUGACUUUAGACGAAGUCAAAGAAAAAUAUGGUCGGAAGUUGGUGAUUGUUGCUGAUCAAAAACAGAGAAUCAAAGCCCUUUGUGGGAAUCUAAUCGAUCCAUGUAUAGAUUUUUUAAAUGCAGAAUACUGCAUUUUAGAAAGAAUUGGUCGAUCUAGAAGACUAGGAGAGCUUACCCAAGGAAAUGUUUCCAUAUCCCGUGCCUUUAAAAUGGACCCGAAAACUCUAUUUCACUACAAGAAAGAACUCUAUUGUUCCGACCUUAUUUCAAAACAAUAUUUCGUUAUUAAAUCCGCUGUUUUAGAUCAGAAUAAGUCUGGAAGUUUAUUGCACUUGCGCAGAUUUUAUAGCAGUGUGAGGUCACGAACGAGUUGUGUUGCUAAUCAAAUUAUCAAUGUAUUAAAGAGUCAACCCGGUUAUAAAAUCUCCAGCAGAAAAUUAAGUACAAUAUUCGCUGAUAAUAUACAACCAGUGAGAAAGUUACUUAAAUCCCCAGAAUUUAAGAAGUUUGUCAAACUAAAAAUAUAUCCCUACCGCUCAUGUUAUCCAAACGCAAAAUCUUCAGAAUAUUUAAGGAAAAGUAACAGACAAGAAAAGUCAAUAGUUGUAUAUGAAUUGGUGAAUCCUUAUAUAAAUGUUGCAGCUUGCUGGAAAAUAGAUGACCGUGAAGAUUCUGACGCAGAAGAUGAUGAGGAAGAACUUUCUGGCAGCAAAAUAUACAACGCGGAUAUGCUACGGGACAUCUAUUACCGCAUCCAUUCUACAGGAGAAAAAGGAUGUUCAUCACUAGAUAUCAGAAAGCUUGUAGGAAUAGACAAAAACACACUGCGAAUGGCGUUGAAGAAACUGGUGCAGAAAAAUGUCAUUGAUUUUAACAAGUUCGACGAAGGAAAACAGAGAAAAUUCGUGUACAAAACAAAGUCAGUAAAGCCUGAGCAAUCCGCGUCAAAUAACUCUGUUGAUGUGACGCCUACGGUGAAGAUGUCAUCCAUAAAAGCUAAAAUGAUAGAAAGGCAAAAAGCGGCACUAGCUAGAAAAAAGCAAGAAAACUUGCAAAACAAUAAACCACAAACAAAUUCACAAGAAGUCGAAAUAGUCGCAAACAUUUUUUUGCAUAUUGAAAAGCCGCAAUAUAUUGAUUGCAGAUUUUUAAUUAAUAGAGAAAUUGAUCUUACCGAACCCAGGAGUAAAAUUCCAUUAUUGAAUAUUGAAUUAAUUAAAAGAUAUUCCAUAAAUUUAACUUAUAUAUCUCUAAAUCAUAAUUAUUUAUUCAAUAUUAACGACAUUCUUAAUGAUAUAGUUUCCUGCGUAAGAUCGCCAGAAGUUAAAACUAAUUUUACAGAAUUCUAUGUUAAAAAAUAUAAUUUUGAUAUCAAUAUAAAACGUCUGCUAUUAAGGGCAGCUUUGGGAGAGAAAGAAGUGUUGCAACAAUUGUCGAAUAGUAAACCAGACGGGGAAAAGACAGCUUUUCCAGAUUUAGUUCCAACCAGAAAUAGUUCAUGGUUUGCAGAUAAAUUGAAUUAUAUGGGAGAGAAUCCAACUCUCGUUUUUCAAGAGGAAGAUCGUGGAGUAAAGACGGAGUUUUUACUUUCCACAACUCCUCCGGAGUAUAACUUAGCAAUCCCUUAUUUAGUUACUGAUCAUUCAUUUACGGAGCGGGUUCUGCAACGCAUUAAUAUUAUUUUGAAUUUAGUUAACGCAAUGGGAGUAAUUGUAGACAUUUUCACGUUACUGAAAUUAAUGGUAGAUGAAGAAACAAAACUCGAUAUAAAAGGAAAAAUUGACAGAAAAUCGCUUCUGAGAAUAUUAAAACGGCUAGUGGCCGAAGGCUAUAUCAAAAUAUAUAAGGUAACACUAAACAAUACCACAAUUACCAAAACCGUCAACUUCAUCUGUCAUCCGACCAUCAAUUACGAUUGCGACGAUAUCCAAACGGCUUGUCAACAAAUUAAGUGGAAAAACUUUCUUAGUGUUGCCAAGAAAAACGUGAAACCGCAUGUUCCAUCUCUGCAAAAAAAGAUUGAGGAAAAAUUCUCAUCAUCUCCUUUUUCGAAAACGGACGUCAUGAAUAGUAUCAACGAAAUGAAACUACUAAAUAAGACCAUGAUAAAAGAACUUAACCGGAAAUUUAACAAUAAGAUAGGGAGAGUGUAUGGAGCUAAACCAAAGUUUACAAGAAUGAGAAUUAUGCACGAAUUCCUGUUCUACGUGAUUUACGAUUGCCACCCCCCGUUAACGUACGAGAGACCCAUGGAAAAUGAUCAGAUCGAGACUCUUUUCAAAAGUUACCGAAUAGGGAUAUCCGAAAAAGAUUUGGAGGAACUACCGAAGAUAUACCGCCACGAAAUUAGUUGGAAAAUGUUUAUACCGCCUCUUCCCGUCCAUUCGGAUUGGCCCGCCGGUUGGGCUUUGAUGUGCGACAUAAUAUUGAGGUUGCCUGUCUGUGUUCUCUUGAAGAUCCACAGUUGUAGUUUCGAAGAUAAUGAUUUGUUAGAGAUGCUUAAUCAUCCGAUAAAAAGAUUCUAUUUGGUAAAAGAUUUGUCAGAAAAAAUCAGGAAGACAAUUCUUUUUAAACGAAAAUAUCUACAAAACAUUUAUGACACUAUAAAUCGUUUAGUAUUCUGCGGGCUGAUUCAAUUCGGACCUCAGAAGUCAAAAGAAAAGGAUCAAAUGUUCAUCUAUGUGAACCGCAGAGCUUCCCUAUGGGACACCACUAGCAGUGAACCCGGGUAUAAUGAAAUCGAGAAGAAGAUUUAUCCCACCAUUCCUUUUUAUUUCGGUUCGCCCGCGGAUAUUGAAGAGUAUUGGCAACAAUUAAGUACAAUAAGUAUGAACACGAAGUUGGGAACUAGAGAAGCCGGAAAACUUGUGACACUUAGUUAUAUUAACACAAAGCCUCAACUUGUUGAAUGUAUCAAAUCCAGAUCACCCAUGGAGGCUCUAGACUAUGAUAAUGGAAUUAUACCUGGCGACCAGAAGGGUGCAGCUGGUUUGGAUUCCGCCAUGUGGACACAUUUAGUAAAAAAUUGGUAUUAUACCAAAGGAAACUCCGGGAAUUCUUUAUAUAGUGACUUUAAAGAUGAUUCAUUAAAAAAGGUACCAUCACAGUUGAUAUCUUUUAAGGAACUUCAGACCAAAAAUGUUAAAUACUAUCUACCUCAAAUACCUCAAGUAGAAGAAAAACACGGAAAAAAAUAUGUAUUGAUCAAAAAUAGUCGUAAAGGCACCAUAAAAAGAACGAUACAAAAACGCAGAACAAAAGAUAAUAAAAGAGAAUACAACGACAGUAUUGACCGAAAAAUUAUAAAAAAACUGCAAGGUACCAAAGUUAAAUGGUCAAAGGCAGAAGACGACAUUUUGUAUUUGGCCAAGGUUAUAGAUAUCUUUUUAAACAGUGACAAGGUUUACAGAAGGCAAAUUGUACCUCUUACUCUUAUUCGGGAUAUUUUGCACAGGGUUUCUCCAGAAAGUAAAUAUAAAACUUCAAGGUCAAUUCAGCGCCGAUGGAACAAACGAUCGUUUAGAGGAUUGUACAAAGUAUUGGAAGAAAACUGCAUGAAUUUGUUGAAAAUUAAACCGAUUAAUGAUACAUUUGGACAGUUGAUUAGCAGACUCGGCACUCAAGAUCAAAAAACUAAGAAGAUUUUUAGACUUAGCGAAGACCAACUUUGUUCUGCAUACGUAAUUUUGGCAUCCUAUAUCAUGAAGAAUCGAAAGAAAGUCCACGAUGUUUUACAAGGAAAUUUGAUAGCUGAAGAUUAUCUAUCCAAAGAAAAUUUAGUAACCACUGAAAAUAGUUUAAUCGAUGCAAACAAGGACAACAAAAAAUAUUAUGAUCCUAAGACACCAGAUGACAUAAGAAGAGAUGUUUUAAAGUCAGUUAUACACAGUUCGCUUUGCUGCAAGGAUGGAUCACUCUCCCUAACACAUAGUGUUUUAAGAAUUUACCAAAACUAUACGGACGCUCUCCUUAGAGAAGCUGUCCAAGAACUCAGAGAAACCAACACCAUCACUUGUAGAAAAUGGAAAGACCGCAAAACAAAAAUCUGGGAAACUCCAUUUGCGCUGUCUCAAUACUACGUUUUUUACCAGUACUGUACGUUUAGUAAAAAAACAGCGCAAGAAGCUUUCGCCACGUUGUUUUCUAUUAUUCGAGAUAAAGGAAAACAUUUUGAUGUGGAAGAGCAAAUGGCGAAAAAAAGAUACGGAGAGCUGCUGGGGGUGAACGAAUUGUUUUCCUUUAAUAAUGCAAUAACAUUCGUAUUUUAUUUGCCACAUAAUACAGUUAUACUUAACCCAGAAAUUGAGAAUCACGACGAGCUAGCCAAUGAAUUGGCGCUUAGAUAUCAAUUGAUAUUGAAGUCGCUACAGAAUUUGUCAAAUGAGAAUGAAAUUGAUUUGGAAGACGAGAACGAUACGUUUAGAUCUAAAACAAUUCAAGAACUAGAGGAAGAUAAUCAAGUUGAUGACUCCGGCGAACAAAGACAAGAUUUACAAGAUACUCAAUCUAAUCUAGAUCUAGCCAUUGACUCCGGAAAUAACGAAACCAUAGACCGUUUAAAGACUUGGAUCACCGAUCGUGUACAAACGGACAUUGAAAGACGAAGUCCUAGUCCAGAGUUUAUGGACAAAGAAGUUUUGCCUGCAUAUAUCGAUCCGUAUUCCGAUUUUGGUAAGGCUACCAGUAGUACACAAGACAAAGGCGAGUUGAGAAAAACUAGCUACAGUGAACGAGCCUCGAAGCAAAUUCCUACGGUAGAGGAGAUUAAAGAAGGUAUGCUCAAACUUACCACUAACAACGAGGAAAGAAAUAUUCCUUAUAUAACGGAACUUAGCCAUUUAUUAAAAGAAAACUUCAGCGAGCUAAAAACAACUGCCGACCUGAUCCGAUUGAAAAAUCAUUUCAUCACCGAAUAUAUCAAAUUAAAUGAGAUUACUAUUGAUGAUGACGAUUUUGAAAAGUUAAAAGGUCAUAGUAUAAUUAAGGAACUGGAAGAAUCGAAGAGAUACAACAAUUUUUGGAGUAAAAUAGAAAAUAACAUAAUCGUCAGAGAUUUUUUAAGAAUGCCCAAAUUUGAACAGUUGAUAUUAAACGAUGGAGGAAACGAACACGAUAUUGCUUUAGCGUCCGAUAUUAUACAGUUUGCAUCCUCUAACACUUUUUUUGGCGUAACGGGCGCAGAAUUAAAGGAAAAUUUUUUACAUCGUGAAGAAAACUGUUCCUUGGUAAACAUAAUCAAAAUUUUAAUCAAAGCUGGAAUACUGCUUCAAACAGGUACCUGUACUCUAACAUUUGUACACUACUCAUAUCAAUACAUAUGGGUAGUUGAACAGAACCUUUCCAGUGGCAGUUAUUCUCUUAAUACAGAAAAAGCUGACGAAAGGAAAGCACUAUCUAGUAUGAUAAUAAUGCCGUGGGUGAGGGUAGAUGGUACACUUAAUAGAGUAAUGUUAAAAACAUGGACUUGCAAUGUAUUGUCUUAUUGUCUGGAUUAUCCUAAAGUGCCAUUUUCAAAAAUCUGCGAUAAAUUUUGUUAUAUAAAACCUGUGGAUUUAUAUUUUAUUGUACAGAUUUUAGAAGAGAUUGGUUGUAUUGAAGUAUUAAUAUACGAAACAGAAGAGGAAUCUAUAUUUUCAGAAUGGAGAAAAACUUGCGAAAGGCCAGCUACAUUUCUGGAUAACAUAGAAGAUCUGAUAAUUCAGCCAAACAAUGUUUCCAUGACACGUCUUGGGUCGUUUUACAAUGAAGAAUGAACACAGCUGUAAAUAGUAUUCGUCUUUAUUGUUUUGUACAGUAUUUUAUAAUAAAAAAUAAAACCUAACGUUAAAUGAGA